CGUUGGUUGUUCAUCUACCAAGAAAAUUCAUCGUCAUUUUGCAUGAGAAAAAAAACGUCGAAUUUUUUAUUAUAAUACAUUUUAUACGAAACGAAUAACGGUCGACGCAUAAGAAUCAACAAAUUUGUGCCAUUUUGUAAGCAUAUUAAGUGUCGAGUUCGUGCUGAGUGUUACAAAAAAUAUAAUUAAUUAACCUCCAAUGACGACGAUUCGCAAGAAAUUGGUAAUUGUCGGCGAUGGUGCCUGCGGUAAAACUUGCCUUCUGAUCGUCUUUAGCAAAGACCAAUUCCCUGAGGUCUAUGUGCCGACUGUCUUCGAGAACUAUGUUGCCGAUAUCGAAGUCGAUGGAAAGCAGGUGGAGUUGGCCUUAUGGGAUACAGCUGGUCAGGAGGAUUACGACAGACUGCGACCGCUGAGUUAUCCUGACACCGAUGUUAUACUUAUGUGUUUCUCAGUGGAUUCACCUGAUUCACUAGAAAAUAUUCCCGAAAAAUGGACGCCAGAGGUCAAACACUUUUGUCCCAAUGUUCCAAUCAUUUUGGUAGGCAAUAAGAAAGAUUUGCGAAAUGAUCCCAACACAAUUCGGGAUCUGGCAAAGAUGAAGCAGGAGCCGGUUAAGCCGCAGGAGGGACGCGCUAUGGCUGAGAAAAUUAAUGCUUUUGCCUAUUUGGAAUGCUCGGCCAAGUCCAAGGAGGGUGUUCGAGAGGUAUUCGAGACAGCAACUAGGGCUGCACUGCAAGUUAAAAAACGGAAGAAGACCAGAUGCCUUUUGUUCUAAAAGAGCAAAUAUCAGAAUUCUUUACAUACACAACAACAACAACAACCACCACACACACACACACACCUUUUACAAGAAUAACAAGAAAUCACUGCAUAAACCAGAUAGCAUGCUGGAAUCCGGUAACUACAAAAACAACAACAGCAACAACAUCUAAAGCUACAACAACAACAAAUGAUGAAAAAUUAUAAACAACAAGAACUUCAAGAACCGGGCAAAUUGUCAAAUGCGGAUUUGAUUUUAUAUACAGUCUAGAGUAGUUAUUAACCGAAGUAAACAACAAUAAUAAAUAUCGCAUUAUUAUUAUUAUUAUUAUUUGUAACUAUUACGGCGUCAAAUCAGUCAACACACAACAACUACAAAUACAUACUCGUAUAUAUAAAAAAAACAUUUAUAUAUAAAAUAUAUAUACAUUUAUAUAUGAAUGUAUGCUUUGUCCUAUAUCAUCGUAUCCGUUGAUUAUUUGAGAUUAAAAGCCAACAAAAAUUGUCUACUACACUACUUGGUCUGCAUCUGUGUGCGUGUGUAUGUGUGUGUGUUUUCUGUGUUGAUGAGUAAUGGAUGCAGUUAUUCAUUUUUUCAAAGUCUUAAGGCAAAUUAUGAUAAACGGACUAAUCAAAUAUUGAAGAUAGAGUUCAUAAACAUACCAAUUACAAUUUUUUGACUCAUAUACAUAUAUACAUACAUAUGUGUAUAUAUUCAAACAGAGACCGCCAAUAAACAAAACAAAAUAAAUAUAUAGAGAAAACAGCAACAAAAAAAGAUUAAAUAUUAUAAAUACUUUGCAAACAAUACACAAAUGAUAAUGUUUAAACGUAAGCCACAAGUGAGAUGCAUUCAAUUUUCACAAGCAAAAGAGCAAGUUCAAGUUUUUAAUAUUUGUAUUUUGCAUUAAACACAAGAUAAAUGAGCGUAUUUUAUGAUUUUUUAAAAUACCAAUAUAUAAAUAUAUAUAUGGAUGUAUACAUAUAUAAAUAAUAUAUACAGUACAUAUAUAUGUGUAUGUCUCUUUUUGUAUUUUGUACCGUCAAAUCGUGUAAUUCUCACACAAAACUCAAAAGAAAAUGCGCCGUUUUCUACAAGUGUUAUAUAUACAUAUGCAUAUACAUAUAUUUAUACAUAUAUAUGUAUGUACAUAUCUAUAUAUACAUAUAUACUAUUUUCUACAGUUACUAUUACACAAUUUAAACAACAACAAAAUAUGAACAAGAAAUUAACGCGUCGAAAGUAAUUGUAAAUUUGUGCAUUCAAAGUUUUGCUUCCUAUACAAUAAAAAA